AUGCACAUGAUCGCCCGAAGAUCUUCGUCGCCCUCAUCGCGGCUGCCGUCCCUCGAUUCGUGUCUCCUUGUCAUGAUAACCACCGUUUCCACCCUCUCUCUCCUUACGCUUCUCCAUCCAGACUCCUCCCUCCUCCUCCUCCUCACCCCUCGCAGCUCGGAGCCCCCCGUCAAACCAAGGUCACUGCCACCAUUGAAGAACAGCACGGCAGAGGCUCAGGCAGAGCGGAGACCUGAGCUGGACCAGUCGAGAAUGGCAGUCUGCUUGGUGGGAGCAGCGCGGCGGUUCGAGCUGACCGGGCCCUCCAUCGUGGAGCACAUACUCAAGGGGCAUCCCAACUCGGAUCUGUUCUUGCAUAGCCCGUACGACGAGAACUCGUACAAGUUGUUGCUGCUGAAGGAGUCGCCGAGGAUUGCUGCCGUGCGCAUUUUCCGUCCCGAGCGGAUUUGCGAGACUGAGUCGCAGGCCCGAGUUCUCACCGGCCUCAACUCCCCCAGUGGCAUUCAGGGCCUUCUUCAAUACUUCAACUUAGUCGAGGGUUGCCUCGACAUGAUCCGAGCCUACCAAACCCAAAACAACUUCACUUACGACUGGAUAGUCCGAACCCGAGUGGACGGAUUCUGGACCGCCCCCUUGGGCCCCGAACACUUUGUACCGGGCAAAUAUGUGGUCCCACAGGGCUCCAACUACGGCGGUCUGAACGAUAGGCUCGGCGUAGGCGAUCUUGGCACGUCAAUCGCUGCCCUCUCGCGCCUGUCGCUGAUCCCGCGGCUCGACUCGGCCGGGUUCCGCCAGCUCAACUCGGAGGCCGCGUUCCGAGCCCAACUCCGAGCCCGGCGCGUGCCCCACGUGGCGAAGCGCGUGCCCUUCUGCGUCGUUACCGACCGUCGGUACGCGUUCCCUCCGACUCGCUAUGGCGUGCCGGUGGCCGCGAUGUCGAGCCGGGGUCCGCUCAGCGGGGCCAAGUGCAGGCCUUGCACGGCGGCGUGCCGGGGUAGGUGCGUGGCGCGUGCGAUGCGGUCGAUGGACAGGUGGUGGAGCUGGACCAACUGGGAGAACGGGAGCCUCCAGCUGUGCGACGCGCGUGGGCCGUGGGAGAAGGGGUGGGAGAGGAUGUUCGACGGGGUCGCGGGGAAGGAGGUGGCGCGUGGGAGGAAGAGAAUUCGGGGUCUGCGGUUGGAGGAGUGCGUGAGUGAAUUCGAGGACUUGAAGGGUCGGACUGCAAAUUGGGACGCGCCGUCCUCGAAGGAAAUAUGUAGCCUGGGCCUGGCGAUUGUCCAAUGAA